AUGCACCUGCUCCCGCUGGUUCUUGCGGCUGCUGUCAUCCUUGCUCUUGCCGGCUCUACUCUUGCCUUCCCCUCGCGGGUCUAUGGCAUCGACGUCUCCCAGCCGGUCUCCACCGACUCGAUGCGCUGCCUUGUGAACCUCAACCUGACCUACACCGUUGUCCGUGCCUGGCACUCGACCGGCAGGCCCGACACCAACGCCCCGGGCACCGUCGCCGCCGCAUGGGCAGGCGGCAUGCACGAUGUCGACGUGUACAUGUUCUGCGGCAACCCGCAGGGUCAGGUUCAGGACCUGCACACAUUCCUCAGCGAGCACAAUGUCCGCUUCGGUAUGGUCUGGCUCGACAUCGAGGGCCCGGGCCUGUACUGGGGCCACGAUCUCGACGCCAACGCCCAGUUCAUCCAGGACCUCAUCUCCGAGGCCCGCGCUGUCGGCUUCCACCUGGGCAUGUACACUUCGCUCUCGCAGUACCCGGGCAUCGUUGGCUCUGGCACCUUUGCCUCGGAUCUUCCGCUCUGGUACGCCGACUACGACGGCGUCCCGUCGUUUGACGACUUUCGGCCCUUCAACGGCUGGUCCCAUCCCGCUAUCAAGCAAUUCUCCGACGCUGGCAGCAAGUGUGGCGCGUCGUACGACAUCAACUGGUACCCCGCCUAA